GACAUGAAAUAACCGCCCAACCAUGAAGCUGGCAACCAUCAAGCCACAAUUAUGAAAGCAGCAUGCAUCUCUUUGAUAUCCAGAGAGUCAUGCCUACGAUAAUAUUGUCCGCCUUUCCUUUUUCACUCCUUGAUAGUACACGGCGCCUGUGAAUUCUGCCGUCAUGCAGCAACAUCGCCAGCCGGGGCUGGCAGUGGUCAUCCAGGGCAAUGGCACAAGCUCUCGUGCAUCCCAGCGGCUUCCCCGCCCGCUCUCUGUGGAUGAAGCAUUACAAUACUCUCCUAUGACCAGCGCCCCGGUGUUUGGACUUGACUCAAUAAUGCGCCCGGAUGUUGGCCAACCUUCUCUUUCAGGAUGGCCCCGCCCUUACGAUAGUCAGGUCGCUGGAAGGAUCACUGAUAGUCUCGACAACGAGACACAAGCCAGCUCUGGAUUGGGAGAGUCGACUCGUCUUGAAACUGCUCGCGAGUACCUACAACAGCUCUUGAGGCAGGACAACCUAACAGAUUUCAACUUCAAGGUUCCUCCCUCCCUUCGUUCCGACUCUUCUCCUCAGAAGAAUGGUGAAUCUUUGAGCCGCAGUCAAUUAGGUCCCUUUGCAAAGUUGAUAUUAGAUUCCACGGAUGCAACUUUUCACUAUUCAACUCCGACUACUACAAACCCCGAAAAACAUCACCAAUCCUCAAACACGCUUCCCACUCCUCUCUCGUCGUCGAAACCGCCAUAUUCUGCCAAUAAAGAAGACCAAAUGCGCCAGCAGUUGGAGAAACUGAUGAAACCCAUGGUUAUAAUCCCUGGUUUAGCUCCAUCGUCUAACAUAGAGGACUUUAAAUAUGUCUCGGGUGAGGGAUCGGCUAAGCGCAGGAAACUGGACUCUAAUAAUGAGGAGAAACAGGACCCUUUGCCCCUCAGAGACCAAAAGGAACUAUCAGAUACCGCCUUGGUUAAACUCCAAAGUCUCCUGCAUGAAAUAUUCGAGGCAGAAGAGCAGCUGCUUCCAGAUGCACCUCUAGACGCCCAGGCGGGCGGCAAGUUCUUUAAAUUCCCAAAUACCAUUGGGGAUAUUGGUCCAAUACUGUCAUCCGAAACUCACGAAGUAGUCUCAAAAGCGCUUCAAAAGGUGUCAGAUUAUCGUCGUCUCGGCGAUAUUCCGACUGAAUACAUAAAACACAUUCAAAGGCUUUGCGAAGCGCCUAUUAUGGCAGUUCAGUCUGCAGAUUUCAAGUUAGAAAGUCCACCAUCAGAUACUGAUAUAGAAAGGUGGAUUACACAGUUGGAAGAUGUGCAGAACGCACUGCUAGCAAUAAUAACGCUACUUCAGACGAUGCCAGGGAAUCAAAGUACGAAGGAUCUGUGCCCUGAAGACUUAAUUCACGCUAUUCCGACAGCGCUGGGCCAGGUUUUUGAUCAUUGUAUCAUUCCUGUUGUUGAAUGCAGAUCCAGUGGCAAGGAUUCCACGCAUUUCCAUGUCUUUUCUGCACAGAAGCAAGUCAUAUCGAACGUAAUACACCAAACGAAGAGAGUAUUAUCGCGACUUGCCGUGUUUCUUUCAAAUGUCGACCUCGCAGAAGGGCCGAUUACUGCGAUAGAAUUUCUUGCCGCAAGGCUCAUAUUCGUGGAAAAUGCCCCCAACGAUAAAGAGUCCGCCAUAGGAGUUCAGAAGUACGAGGCUUCAAGGCGUGCUGCUAUGGAUGUACUCGCAAAAAUCUUUGCAAAGUAUCCCGAGCAACGUCCUUUUAUUCUCGAUGAGAUUUUGGUGUCCCUAGAAAAACUGCCGUCAAACAGGCAAAGCGCGAGGCAAUUCAAACUCAUUGAUGGAAAAAGUAUCCAGCUCCUUUCUGCAUUGGUGAUCCAGCUUGUCCAGACGACUGCCCUUCAACAAACUCCGUCGCGGUUAACAGUGGCGAAAGACUCUUUGCAAAAGGCAACAAACUCACUCGAUGAAUCAGAUGAGGAGGAUGAAGAGGACUCUAAUAAUGGGAGUGAGAGGAAGACAUCACCAAUAAAACAGCUCUCUAAACAGGUUGAGCUACUGUAUGACAACGCUAUCCAUAGUGCACAAUACGUGACGAAAUUCAUCGUUCAGCGGGCGAUGACAUCCACGAAGUCGGGAGAUCAGCCUUAUCGAAAUCUCUUAGAUAUUUUCACCGAAGACCUGAUAAGUGUGCUAGGCUCCACUGACUGGCCUGGCGCGGAGUUAAUCCUAAGGGUUCUCGCAUCGCAGAUGAUUACUAUCGCGGACCACGACAAAAGUUCAGCGAAUGCAAAAAAUAUGUCCCUUGAAUUACUUGGAUGGAUGGGUUCUGCCAUCUCUGACCUGACCUCCACAGCACAGCACUUGAGCAACACCCUUGAAGAUGGACACACUGACCUAACAGAUCAUCUCCGCAAUUUGUUCCAUGAUUAUUCGAAUCGCGCUCUCCACAUCCAGGACAUAGUAUCUUUACAUGGGCCUUAUCGAAUGACUCUUGAAUAUCUGGAGGAGGGGGACCUUGGUGGCUGGCAACUUUCUAAUGCCCGAGGUUACCUCCUAGCGCAGUGGGCAAAACUGGUUUGCAGCGGGUAUGAGGAUUCAGCUCAGGGGGAUUCAAAGAAAAAUCCGCAAGGGGCUGGUAAACUAGCCAAAGCCUUGAGUCAUAUACUUUCCAACCCAAAAUGGCUCGAAUCUAAUAGCGCGUUUGACCGUAUCUCGACUCAGCAAGCUCGGUUUGCCUAUCUUAUCAUAGUCCUGAGUAGUGGUUUCUGCAAAGGAUUCGACACAAUUGUCAAAGUGCUUCUCAAUUCAAUAACGAGCGAUCAGGCUAAAGUGAGAAGUAGAAGUUUAAAGAGCGUCAUCCACAUGCUUGAACGAGAUCCUAGCCUGCUUGACCGGGACGGAUCGGUGAUAUCUUUGAUUCUCAGAUGUGCAACCGACUCAUCGCCUAUGGUUCGCGACUCCGCUCUAAGUCUAAUUGCGAAAUGCAUGUUCCUGAAACCAGGCCUUGAGGAGAAUUGUUGCCGUGCAAUUUUAGCUUGUUCAUCUGACCCAACUGUUGGCGUUAGAAAGCGUGCUAUUGGGUUGAUGAAAGAUGUCUAUAUCCAGACGUCUAAUCGAGAAUUAAAGCUCACCAUUAUCGAGCAGUUACUGCUAAGAGUAACCGAUUACGAAAGCAGCGUGGCUGUUCAAGCGCGUCAAGCUCUAGAGGAGAUUUGGUUUUCGCCAUUGCAUUCGUCUUUCACCGAAUCAACCCAAGGCACUCCACAAUCGAAAGUUUCGUUGAAAAACCUGAUGAAUCUUAUUGUUGGGUCGGUGCGAAGGAACGAGGGUGUCAUAGCAACGUUCGAAGCUUUUGUGAAGGAUGAACUUUCCGCUGAAGCAAAAUCCGCCUCGUUGAAUUUUAAUGUCUGCAAGGCUGUGGUUGCUGCCAUGUUCGAUCGUAUCAUACACGAUUCGGACAAGACAGACAAACGAACGCUACAGUCACUGCUACAAUCCAUUACUGUCUUCGCGAGGGCGAAUGCCAAGCUGUUCACCUCUGAUCAGCUCGAAACUCUUCACCCCUAUAUUGGCCAUCUCUCAAAUGCUGACGAUCUCAUGUUAUUCCGAUCUGUCGUUGUCAUUUACCGAUGCGUCUUACCAUAUUUAUCGACGUCUCAUAACACUUUACUUAAAGACAUCCAGAAUGACCUUUUCAAGAGCGUGUCGAAGUUGGCGAGGACAGAGCUUAAUGAAGUAAUGGCAUGUCUUUGGACGAUCAACGGUGUUCUACAAAACACUGAGCGCUUGGUGAAACUUACGAUUUCUGUUCUAAAGGGUAUCAACCAAGCCGUAAGUGCCAAAGUAGAUCCCUCUACCAGCGCCGAUGUACUCGGACGAGUCAGGAGCUAUAUACGGAUUGCCGGCUGUGUCGGAAAACAUUGUGAUUUGGAGUCAUUCCUGGCCUUUUUCUCACAGUCGUUUCCUCACAUGAAGGCAACGUCUGUGUCUGGUUUAAUGGUCGACUUUAUAUCGCCGUUCGCGUCGUCUAAAUAUCCUCGCGAAUUAAGGGUCAUGGCGCUCGAAAGUUUGGGAGCCAUUUGUGAAACAUGGCCGGCCCAGUAUAGCCGGGAACCAGCGAAGAUUGCAUUCACCUCUGUGUUCGAAGAAGACAGCCCAGAUUUGCAAAACAUUGUCCUGAAAGGGUUUUUGGCAUUUUUCUCUAUUCACGAGGGAAAAUCGGAGAAGUUGAUCCAAACUAAAGAUACCAACGGUGAGAGCGAGGGUUCUACGCGUCUUGGCGGUUCUUUGAAGGCUAGCGAAAACGACGGCGCAGCAGCAUUGAUUGCUCAACACUUCUUACAGCAAAUGCUUCAUGCGGCUCUAUCAAAAGAAGAUUCCCAUGCCUUAACUGCAAUCGAAUUGAUCGCUAGUAUAAAUCGACAGGGUCUCAUCCAUCCGAAGGAGUGUGCUGGGGUUCUUGUUGCUUUAGAGACCUCCACCAAUGCCAGCAUUGCCAACGUCGCUUUUGAAACGCAUAAGAUGCUUCACCAGCAACAUGAGUCAAUGUUCGACCGAGAGUAUAUGCGGGCCGUUCAAGAUGCUUUCUACUACCAGCGAGAUGUGGUCGGCGACCCGACCGGAGCUUUGACCCGCCCAUUCACAGCUAAACUGGCAGCCCUAUUCGAGAUCAUUAAGAUAAGUAACAGCAAAUAUCAAAAGAAGUUUUUGACGAAUCUCUGUUCGAAGGUUGAUUUUCAGCCCCGCGCACUUGACGUAGCCGGGAGUCCACCGGAACAUAUGUUGCUAGCAAGGUUUGUAUGCCAAAAUCUGGCCUACUUCGAUUACGCACAGAUAGGAGAGCUCCUUGCCACUGUUGCAUGCAUGGAACGCAUCGUUGCGUCAACUGGCACCACUGUGGCUCAUGCUAUCGAAACAGAUAUAUUUCCCGUGAAAAUUGAUUGCCCAAACGAACAAAUGCAAGUAGACGGGGCUGCGCCAGAUCAAGCACCACAUCCUGUGGACCCCAACUCAUUGAAGCAGCUAGCCACCGCAGCAGCAACCUUAUCGAUGCUCUGGGAGACUCGGACAUACCUUCGCCGUCUUUAUGGCGUUGGCUUCCAUUCAAUGCCGAAAGAAAGUAAAGCAAGUGCAAAAGAUCUAAAUAAGAGCCUAACGAAAGUGCAAGGCAUCGGGGGUGAUCGAUUGUGGGAUGCGAUAUCGAAGACGAUGGCUUCUCUGGAAAAUACCGAGGGAAUGACAAGGGUCUGUCGAGAGUUUGCGACUUUGAUGUCAAUUGACGACGAAUUGAGAGUUGCCGCUGAUGAUGACCGGGAUGGCAAUGACUCUGCAGCAGACUUUGGCGACAUGAGCGCAAUGUUGGGUGCUACCAAUGGUUCCAGACCAAGCAAGCGCAGAAGUUCAGUUUCAAGCGGCAAUGCGCCGAAGCGGCCGAGACAAAAGGGUCGACCCAAAAACACGAAAAAGAGAGGCAGCACUGAUUCAGAACAAGAUGGUGACUUUGACUAGUAACGAAGCAUACAUGGCGUUGAACAUAAACCGGCAAUAUGGAGAUUGGGACAAUUAAUUAUAUUUCUUGAGAAUAUGGAUGGCCUGAUGGCGUGAGGAUAUGGCAGUCUGCUUUAUGAGGACGGAUGGGCUUUCGAUCCUUGACAUGAAACAUUUGAAAUGGCUGUUAUGCUCUCGUAUGUGUUUUGGGGCAACCUUUUGGCAUAUUUUAUAGCAAGCAUAUUUAUGUGGCAACAAUAUAAAUCUGUAUCAUACUUCUAUA